AAAUGAAAUAAAAGUGAAAAAAGAAAAUAAAAAAGGAAAGAGAACAAAAGGAAUAUCCCAUCCAUACCAGACACGAAUCUGUGCUUGUGCUUGAUUGAGUUUGAGCGUCUCGCCAAAAAAAAAAAGGUGUGGUUUACUGCCUUUAAAAUUACGCCUGGGAAGAUGUAAAUAAAAGAUACACCGAAUACUUAUUGAAAGAAGUGAUUAAUAUUGAAAGGAUUAAUUAUUGAGUGAUGUCUGAUCCUUAGGUGUUGUGAUAAGCGAUAUUCUUACACGACAUCUAUCAUUGGCUAAUACAAGUAUAAAGUAUUUAGUAAUUGUAGUUGCUCUGAUCCUAUCAUGAAGUUGGUAGACGUGCCUUGUAAGAAAACUCAUCUUUAUCUAACUUACAAUGGAGGAAAUAACACAUUUCUUCAUUAGUCAAAAUAUUGCGUGCCAUGAGAUAUGGGAAUCAAAGGGGAUUGUAAAGAUGAGUGCCCAUGAUUGAUAAUAGCAAUAAUAACAAAUAACGUUAAUGAGGAUAGUUUCCGGAGAAAAAGACGUCAAAAAUAUUGCAUGUAGGUGAUGAUAAUGACUUCAUUUGAUUGCCUGACAUGUCAACGUAAUAUGGGAAUGUAAAGUCUCGCAAUUAGGAAGGUGAUGAGUAAUGAAUGCUUAUGGUUCAAGAAAGAGCUGAUUUGAAAUUGGGAAAAGAGAGGCUCGUAAUGAUGGGGAAUAAUGAGAUCAGCAAAGCAAGGUUGCUGGUACUGGUUUGUCAAAACCGUACGAGAAAGCUCUGUGAAAAAAUAAAUAAAAAAGGAAUGAUAACGACAUUAAAACGCAUGUAUAGGUUGUGGGGGAAUAUAGUACACGAGGCCAAUAGUUUGAGACAUUGGGAGAGACCCGGCGAUUGAGAGUGUGUUCAGAUCAAUGAAGAGUGCAAAAGAAGAGGACCAAGCUGCUUCAUUUUCAUGGUGGCAGGAUAGCCAUAGUUGUCGUCCUCAAUCUCCAUGGCUUCAAACUACGCUCUCAGAUCUUGACGAGAAGACUAAAGUGAUGGUGAGUAUUGUCGAUCAAAACGAUGGAGAUUCGUUCGCGAGAAGAGCCGAAAUGUUCUACAUGAGAAGACCUGAGUUAGUAGGCACGAUCCACGACUUGCAUAGAUCCUAUGGCUCCCUGGCUCGAAGGUACAAGCAACUGGCAAGUCCACGUUUAAACUUAGAGAACGAUUCUUCAUCAUCAUCAUCAUCAUCAUCUUCUUCUUCUUCUUCUACUACUGCUUCUGCUGAUACUGUAAAUUAUGGAACGAGGCGUUUGGGUGGUGGGAUGAAGGCAUCAGAGGAGAAGAAGGUGGAGGCUGAGAUAGCAGACACAAGGUUAAGGGUUUUGAAGCUGACGGAGGGUAAUUUAUAUGAGCAGACUGAGUUGAUAAGGACGAACAACAACAACAGAGAAGCCAUUCGACUGUUUUGCACACGUGUCCAGAGGUUAGUGGAUGAACAUACGGACUUGAACGCUUUCAUACGAAGCCACGCCUCCCAGACGACGCCAUCUUAACAAUCGUAUUCCUUAUCAAGAAAGGCUUGUUUAGUUGAUAAUAAUUUGAUUUAUAACUUAUUAAUAAGCAAUCUGUAAGUAUUCAGUAAGUAUCUUUUGAGUUUAUAGACAUGCUGUGAUCUUGAUAAUUUCUCGGAUCUAAUUCAUGUAACUUUUUUAACCCCAAAAAAAAAAAACAUUUUCCCUUUUCAUUUCAUUUUUCCCAACAGUAUGGGAAAAAAGUCUCAUCCAAUUCAUGUUGUAUCUACAUGCAGGAAUGUGAGUGUGGGUGGCUUAUAAAUUCUAUGAAUUUAUCCUUGUAUGAUUUCAGUAACAUUUUUUGGGUACAUAAUGGACAUAUGU